AUUCUAUAAAAAUUCCAAAAAUUGGACGAACAAAUAUACAAAUUUUGUAACGUGAUUUUGUUAUUAAAAGGGGAAGAUAAAAGCCAAAAUUGUUGGCAGUAAACCGUGGUAAAAAAACAGCAGUAAAAAAUUGUUGGUAUUUGACCAUCUUCUGCCUUAAAACCACUACCCUUCUUAUCUCUUCUUUCUUCUUCAACUUGUGUCUCACUGUGUGUACCGGCAGUCGGUUUCUUGAUUUUCCGGCGAGCCUUUGAUGUCGCCGGUUGGAAAAUGUUACCGGCGGAGAGAAUUGGGAGUGAGGGCGAGUCUUAUCCAGUGGCACUGGCCUCCCAUGACGACGUCGUCAAAGACUCUUCUCUCUUCUGGGAAACACUCCGUAGCUUCCAUCGGUUCAUGGGUACCAAACUUAUGGUUCCUGUGAUUGGAGGAAAGGAGCUAAAUUUGCAUGUCUUGUACAUAGAGGUGACCAAGAGGGGUGGUUUUAGCAAGGUCGUGACACUAAAGAAGUGGAGGGAGGUGAGUGCAAUUUUCGGGUUCUCGCCAACCACCACAAGUGCUUCGUAUGCAUUGAGAAAACGCUACCUAAAAUUCUUGUAUCCCUACGAAAACACCUAUUUUUUGACACCAAAAUCCUCAACUCACUCAGGUCAUUCAUCUUUCCAAGCUACUGGGAUGAUUGAUACCAAGUUUGAAUACGGUUAUAUAGUAACAAUGCAAUUGGACACAGAGAUCCUCCAUGGGGUACUUUAUCACCCGCAACACAGCGUCAUUGUUUCGAACAACUUGGAUUCGACGAGAAGGAGAAGAAAGAGAAGAAAUGAAGGAGACCCGACUCGCCCAAAAACUAAUCGAAGUGGCUAUAAUUUCUUCUUUGCAGAAAAACAUGCUGAGCUCAAAUCAAAAUAUCCGCUAAGAGAAAGGGAGUUCACAAAGAUGAUCGGCGAGUCAUGGACCAACCUUUGCCCCGAAGAUAAAAUGGUUUAUCAAAAUCAAGGAUUGAAGGAUAAAGAGCGGUAUCAAAGGGAAUUGGCUGAAUAUAAAGAACGAGCCAAAGAGUGGAAACCGAAAGUUACAGUGGAUUAACGGGUAGAAUAUUUGUAAAUAAUGUUAUUUUGUUUUUGUUCAACAAACGUGUAAAGUAUUUUUAUUAGUAACAUUGAAACAACACCCAAGUUUCAGCCUGACUUAA